ACUAGUACAGUACAGCCUUUCAACAAUGCAAUGCAAUUGGUAGCUAAUCAACAAGGCGCAGGUAGGUGGAUGUCCAGGUGAAUCAUUCAAGGUUCAUCUAUCCGAAUUCGACCUCUUGAAGAAGAAACCGCCUCCAUCUACUAGCGCUGCAAUGCAAAUACCAAGUCUAUUUCUAUUCACCUGCAUUCAAGUUUAACUUGGUAUCAUUCAUUCUUAAUCCAUAAUAAAUAACAACGGCAGCGACAGCAUCAAAAUCCACAGCGGGAAGUAUGAUUAUACUUGGAAACAUCAUUUCCCAGUUCAUUUCCCAAUAUCAUAUCAGAAACCACACCUAAGACUACUUCUUCGGCUUAAGCAUCUGCUGCUAGGCCGAUCCUCACAUUAGUUACAUGACCGAAUCCCAUACAUCCCAGCCAUGGGACCUGUCUUGUGCCAUCGAGCUUCAUAAUCUACUUUCUGCUUCGACUUUAAACAGCGAUUUACCAUAUUCUUACUAUUUUCUACCUGAAGAUGAGCCCUCAUUCGCAGACAGAAGUGCACGCACCUUAGGUGAUUUCACUCCAAUAUGGGAUCAUUUGGGUGUCGAUGCUACGGCGACUUGUCAAGAUCCUGAUGUUGAACCAAAUGAGUCAGCACCAUCUUCUUAUACUUCUGAAGGGCUCUUUUCUGAUCUUAAUAGUCUGCCAUCUUCUGCGACGGAUGAUUCAGAUAUUCCGGAUAUCUAUCAAGACUAUGUUACGAAAUCAAGAACAGUACGAUCGAAAGAUAAGGUGCAAGGUACGAAAUUUACGAAACUACAACAGCGGGGGACACGAGCAAAAGUCUCGGAAGACUUGAUAUCUUUCCCGAAAGAAACGUCGAUAAGGCAAAUCUCAAAAACGAAAACAGAUUUUAGAUCUCCCUUUCCUGCGGAUCGUCUUUUUCAUGUCCAAUCGCCGAGACUACACGGAAAGAUACGGGGGAAGGCAUUAUCUGAUGCAUGGACGGAUGAGAAUGAGAGCAGCGGACUUGAAUCGGAGAUAGAAACACCUUCUCGAACGAAAUCUGCGACACAUCUCAGCCGUGGUCCUGUUGUUUUUAACACCCUUGAAAAAAAGAAUACGGUCCUCAGGAAGGGCGUCAUAUAUCCUCUUUACGAUUUGACUCGCGAAGAAAAGAGAAUCAGGAUAGCUGAAAAGCUAUCAAAUCAAUUGAGGAUCGACAGAAAGCUUUCAGGCGGGAGCUCAGAUGUGGAAGCCAUACACGUAUUUGUUGAUUUCAGCAACAUUAUAAUUGGAUUCAAGAAUACUUUAAAAUGUGUACGAGGAUUUCCUGAGCAGGAAAAGAUGGCUGAAAGUCCACCUUUCUCAUUUUGUUCAUUAGCAUCAAUUAUGGAGAGGGCUCGGCCUGUCGCCAGACGAAUCUUGCUUGGAUCCAGACUAAAUAACAAAGACACACCAACUCAUUUUGAAGAGGCCAGGACAUGUGGUUACGAAACUAGUGUUCUGGACAGGGUGUUUAAAAUCAGGGAGCUCACAACCGAAAAAGCGCGAGGUGGACAAGGAAAUGGAUACCUCACUGGACAAUCGAGUAAACCUGAAAAUUCCGUCUCAUCACAAUCCGCAAAAUCUGCAUUUGUCGAGCAGGGCGUUGAUGAAAUUCUACAACUGAAAAUGAUCGAAUCUUUGGCCGAUUACUCAACUCCGUCAACCGUUAUCCUAGCAACUGGAGAUGGGGCCGAGGCCGAGUACUCGGGAGGAUUUUUCAAGAGUGUGGAGAGAGCACUUUCGAAAGGAUGGAACGUUGAACUGGUGGCUUGGAGCAGAGGUUUAAACUAUGAAUAUAAAAAAUUGUCGUUCCAAAAUCGAUGGGGAAAGCAAUUUCGACUUAUUUUGUUGGACGAUUUCAGCGAGGAGUUAUUGGCGAUUUACAAGAAGGUUCCAACACCACAGACAAAACCAGUGAAGAAGUAAUCUAGGAAAUUUGAGAAAUCAACCUAGCAUGUUCUCUCCCACCCCUCACACUCUUAGCAAUAACAUUAUGGAAUCUACCAAGGGUUGUAUGAAAGCUCGACAGCGUAAUGGAAAUCAUAGCAAGUAAUAAAAACUUUUGUGCA